AUGCCCACCAAGCUACAACUUCUGGAGAAUGUCCAACGAGAUGACAUGUUUGAACAUCAACAGCUCUACAAACAAUUCAAGAUGACAUCACCUGCCACUGCAUAUCUUAACGCAACAAGGCCAUAUCACACCAAGAAGGAACAGUUAAGCCCAAGUCUAAGACUCGAUGAUGGUGUGCCAUCGACAUCGAUCACACUCCCAUCACUAUCAACAUUGAUCAUCAAACACAUUGUGACAUUCCUGGUGUUUGAUCGUGCCUGGGACUCCAAAUGGAUUGUCGCACUGUCCACCGUGUCGUCACAGUUCCAUCAAGCAGUGUCCAGUGUUCUGUCAAACAAUGUGAUACCAACAUUGAGCAUUCGAUCGAUGAUCACUCACCUUGGAUCGUCGUCAUCCAUGGCCAAACAUUGUCUUUUCAAGUCACCGCCACUUCAUCUCAAUGCAAUUGACUUGGAACAUAUACCAUCAGAACAUCUCGAGACAUGCCUUGAUCGACUUGAAUCAUUGUUGGUGCCCAUCAGUCUUUUAACAUACGAACGGAUUGUGCUGAUCAAGGUUCGCGCGCCCAAUGUCAGGCACAUCAAGUUUGAGGAUCAGAAUCAUCGAACCAACGAGUACAUGUUUUCGCGUUGCUCUAAAUGGACACGAUUCAGCCCGCAUGUGUCAAUGAGUCAUGUGAAGCGAGAUCGUCAGGGUCACUGCUACGAUCAAUUCUUCACACAACUGUUCGAGUUCUAUCUCAACGACGAAGGCGCCAACAGUAUUCAAUCUAUUGAGAUUGUCUUGCGAUCACCUGUUGGGCCACCAUCACCACCCCAUCACUUCAAAGGUCACUUCAACUUCACCUUGGACAUGGAGGCCGCAACAAAUCGUCUCUCAACAAGUGAAUGGCAUUAUGACCACAAUAACUAUCAUGAAGAUGAAGAUGAAUAUGAAGAUGAUGAAGAUGAAGAUGAAGAGGAUGAUGAUGAAUAUCAAGAUGAGGAUGAAGAUGAUAAAAUAGAUUUAUCAGAGUACUUUGAAGAUAAUACACCAAACAAUCUCCAACUGGUCAGCACACUCAUUGUUGGACAGCAUAGCAGAUUCAACAAGUGUCCAAUAACAGAGUUCAUCAAUGUUCGCGAGUUAGAAUGGCCCUUGUGUCGAUUUAAUGCUCGUGGAAAGGAAAGUCGUGCAGAGCUCCAUCAGUCCUUUUUCAAUGAGGAUCAGUCACCAGCAUCACAACACCUGAGAACAUUGGUAUUGAAUGUUAAAACAAUAACAUGUUGUAUACCAAUGCUUCCAAAGAUUCAAACAUCAAUCCAAUCACUCAAUAUAUAUCCACGAUCUGGCCGGACUGUCCAAACUAUCAAUCACCGAUGA